GUACCGUGAAUAAACCCCUUAUUCAGUACUUGGAUUUGCAAAUUAUUAAAAUUUUUCAUGUAGGCAACAUUUUUAUUACAAGUUGCGUCGCCGACUCGCCGCGCGCCGCCCGCCACUUUUUCCCUGAGUAGUAGAAGCGUCAAGUCAAUAACGUUUUGCAAACGCCGAAAGUUUGUUGGAGGUCUAUUGAUAAACCGUUUAUAUAUGUUUAAUCUCCAAUAAUGGCUGGUAUUAAAUCUCUUGCCGUUAGAGGCAUACGAAGCUUCGGUCCGGACAAAAACGAUGAACAACGCAUCACAUUUCAAACCCCUUUGACGCUUAUAUUGGGUCAAAAUGGUUGCGGCAAAACCACGAUCAUUGAAUGUUUACGCUAUGCUAUCACGGGGCAAAUGCCUCCAGGUAGUAGUGAUGAGUGUUUUGUGCAUGACGCUAAAGUAAAUAAAUCAACAGAAGUCCUAGGAGAGGUCAAACUGGAGAUCUUAGCUCCAAACGAUGAACAGUUGGAAGUGACCCGCGCCAUGCGUGUGACAGCACUGCCAGACCGCAAGGUGAAGUUCCAGACCCUCAGCUCCCAGUUGCGGCUGACCAAUGAACAUGGGGAGUCUAGGGAUGUCACGUUGGAUAUGGAUUUGAGGAUGCAUAAUGCUCUUGGUGUCUCCGAUGCAAUCUUGAACUCCGUCAUAUUCUGUCACCAAGAAGAUUCAACUUGGCCACUGGAUGAUGGUCAGAAAGUCAAAGAGAGGUUUGAUGAGAUCUUUGACUCUGAGAAGUACAGUGAGUGCUUCGAACAUCUGAAGAAGUUGAGGAAGGAAUACAGCCAUGAUAUUAAAUUGCUUGAACAAGAAGUAGACCAUCUAUUUGAGAAGAAAGAAGAGUUAGAAAAGAAAAAACUUGAUGUUGAGAACAUAGAGACACAGCUCACGGAAGCCAAUGCUAAAAUAGAAGAGUUGACUAAGGAGUUGGAAGACGUGACAGCUAAGCUGGAGACGAUUAAGACUAUGGAGAAGAGCAUUGUGGGGCUUGAGAAUAAGAGGGAUAAGAUUAAAAUCAAGUUGGAGAAUUUCCAGGGCCAAGAGAAGGAAUUGAAGAACUCCAUCAAAUCUUUAUUUGAAGGAACUGUUGAAGAAUUAAAUGAAAGCAUUGCAACCCAUGAUCAAACAGUAAGAGAUAAACAAAAGGAGCUAAUAGAGAUCUACGAAAGGAAGUCAGCCUUCGACAAGGAACGCGAAAAGAUAGAGAAUGAGAUGACCUACAACAAAGUUAAACUGAACGAGUUUAAUUUCCUAGAGAACCAGAAUAAAGAGAAGGUGGAGAGGAGGAACAAGUUGAUUGAAGAAGCUAUGGUGUUAGCAGAAAUGGAAUCAAAGGAGAUAAAGUCCGAAGAAGAAGCCGAUAAGGCCAUCAAAGAUCUACAGCAGAAAGUGAAAGAGCUGAACAAGGACUUGGCCACUACCCAAUCCCAGGCUGAUGAUGAGGCCAACAAGUUGCAAUCUCACGUCAACGCUUGUAGAGAUGCUCUGUCGCGACACAACGAAAAGAUAUCAAACAAGGAGCUGGACAUAGAAACGGCCAAGAAACACAUUCUGAAGAAGGACAACGAAAUAAAUGAUGCUAAUGUGUCGCGAUCCAGGCUCGAAGAGAUAGAAACCAAGUUGAAGGCAGCUGAGGAGGAACAUCAGGCUGCCAUAGAUGAACUUAACACUGAGGAACUACAGAAAGAAAUGAAUGAAGACGAGAAAUUGAUUGAACAAAAUGAAAAAGAGCUAGAAGAUUUGAAUCAGAAGGUAACCAAACUCCAAAAGCAAACGGCCAAAAUCGCCGAACGCGACACCAUAGACCGCUCCAUCAAAGACAAACAAGAGCAGCUCUCCAAUCUCCUAUCAAAGCACAGCGCGACCAUCACAGAGCUGCUUGGUACCUUGCCGGAAGAGAAUUAUGCUGUAGCGGUGAACAAGGUUGAGGCGGAGUGGAGAGCGGAGGUGAAGAGCAGCAAGCAGAAGCUUAAGGAGAAACAGAAGGAGUUGACCAGCCUGGAAGCGGAACGCAAGACAGUAGGUGAGAUGCUCUCAGAGAAGCGCGCUGAGAUCGUCAAAUCGGACGCCAAGAUAAAAAAGGCUUGCGGCAACCAGACUUAUGAUGAGACUCUUAAGGAACUUACUAGUCUAGUCGACGAUUUACAGGAAAAACAAGCCGUGCUGCAAGCAUCCACGGUCGUCAUCGACAAGUACAAAAGUUUGCUGAAGGACACCAACUGCUGUCCGCUGUGCAACCGAGGGUUCAGCGCUGAUCACGAGGUGACAGACCUCAUAUCCUCGCUAGGAAAGCAGGUCUUAAAUGUUCCCGCUGAACUGGAGAAGGUGACAGAAGAGCUCCAGCGCACUUCAGCUAAGAAGGACGAGUUGCUGGCACUGAAGACUGUCAAUGGGAAGAUCUCAAGCUUGAGAGACAAGGAGAGGGAUAUAGAGAAAAGGCUGGAGGGACUUGAUGAGAGAAUCAAAACCCUUCAAAAAACGAUUGAAGAGCUCACAUCAGUUCUAAAAGAGCCCGAACAGAAACUGCAAAACCUCAAGCAGAUAUCAGGAGACAUGCCGCUUUUGGACCGUUACAAGACUGAGAUCGCCAUAUCUACUAAGAAAUUAGAAGACAUCCGCUCGCAGUGCGACAACGGGCUGGACACGGACAUGUCGCUGGAGGAGGCGAGCGGGCGGCAGCGCGACGUGCGCCACGAGACGGGCUCGCUGCGCGCGCGCGUGCGCUCGGCGCAGAAGCGGCUCAACGCGCACGUGCGCAAGCUGCAGGCCAAGGCGGACGCCAAGACCAAGCUCAACGAGAAGAUGCUCAAUAUACAGAAGAAGGUCCAAGGAAUUUGCACUCUCCAAGAGGCGAUCAAACAACUAGAGGAAGACAAGGACCGCUACAAUGCAGAGCUGAAAGAGUUGCAGGCGGCCACUGAAGGCUUCAAGAAGGACUUGCAAGACAAGGAGGAUGCUAAGACUGACGCCGCCAAAAAAAACAGAUUAAUAAUCGAAUCGAAACGCAACUACAUCGCCAAAGUAGUAAAAUCCGUGGACAGAAUCAAAACGGUAUUAUCAGAGCUACGCCAGCACGAAGAGAAGAAGAUCCCUCUGCAGAUGAAAAUGUUCAACGAGCUGAAUGACAAGCUGUCGGAGAAGAGGAAACAGAUACUCAUUGACGAGAGCGUGCUGGGGAAGCGGAGGCAUAUCUUGAGGGAUGAAAUUGCUAAGCAAGAGCUUAACCAACGAGACUUGGCCGACAACCUCAAACUGCGCGGCGUCCAGACAGAGAUAGAAAACUGCGAGAAAGAGAUCUCCGAGAUAGCGGAGAAGACCAACGGGUUCAACAUGGACCUGCUGAAGGAAAAGAGUGCUCUUGCUGCCAAGGAGAAGCAGAUUAGCAAGGAGAGAGAACAGAAUAGAGGGAAAUUGAGUGCGCAUAAAGACAGACUGAAACAGUGCAAGCAAGACUUGCAAGACAUGAUAGACCAAGGCAUAGAGAAGACCUACAAGGAGAAGUAUUACCAGCUCACGGUGACCAAGGCGAUAAGCAAAGACAUCAAAGAUUACUAUAUGGCACUGGAGAAAUGCUUACUAGAAUUCCAUAAGGAGAAGAUGAAGAAUAUCAACCUUAUUGUAAGAGAAAUGUGGAGGAAGAUUUACAGAGGAAACGACAUAGACUAUAUCGAGAUAAAGACUGAUGGCGGCUUAACGGAUGACGCGGAGCGGUAUAAAUAUAACUACAGAGUGGUGCAGUGCAAGAGCGGCGUGGAGAUCGCCAUGCGCGGGCGCUGCUCGGCGGGGCAGAAGCUGCUCGCCUGCCUCAUCAUCCGCCUGGCGCUGGCAGAGACCUUCAGCACUAGAUUCGGCGUCCUAGCACUAGACGAGCCAACUACAAACCUCGACCAAGAAAACAUAAAAUACCUGUGCAUGGCGCUCAACGAAAUAGUCCAAGAGCGAAUGAGCCAGAAGAACUUCAUGUUUAUCAUUAUCACGCACGACAAGGAGUUUAUCGACUCGCUAGGACAUAUCGACCAGGUGUCCCACUAUUACGAAGUGUCGAGAAACGGCCAGGGCAAGUCUGAGGUGAAAAAAGUGUGCUUCUCUUAAUUUUUAAUCUCAAAAUUUAAGGACUAUUAUGGUAAACAAUUUGUCACCCUGGCAGUGGUGGUUUUUGCGGGCGGAAAAUUAAUUCUUAGCCUCGUAAAAUGUUUUGAGUUUUCUUACAAAAGAAUCAAAUGGUCUGCCAAAAACUUAUUAUACUUUUAAAUGAUAAAUGUUUUAUGGGUUAUUUUUGUUUAACUACGCCCAAGGAAUUGUUCAACUAGACCAAUGGAAAGGGCAAUUCAUUACAUUGCGGUAUUUGGUCGGUCGGCUGAAUUGGUAACCUCAAUAGUCCGCAAUGUAACUAAAUUCGCAUGCGAGUUAUCGCGCCGUGUAAAUGAGCCUUACGCCUCGGUCUUAAUUUCUUCCGUUUAGGGCAUGCCACACUGCAUCCGAUUUGCACGUCGCUCCGAAGUUUGAGGAAGACAAAGCUAUACGCGUCUUAUACCGACAUCCCGCUCGCACGUCAGAGCGACGUGCAAAUCGGAUGCAGCCUUAGUGUUCGGUUCCAAACUUGGUUCAUGGAAUACAUAAUGUCUGAAGCGUGAAACAUUAUUUAGUUUUGCAGCCCUAGAUCUGUGUGUCUUUGGUUGUGUCAGGGUGUGUAAGUUUACAACAUCCACGUAUUUCGAAUAACUUUAUUUAAUUCUUGGACUUCUGAUUUAAAGUAUAUAUUUUUGUUUGUAAAGGUUGCUACGGGCUGUGCCGUUUUUUUUUAUAUAACAGAGUUAUUCAAAUCGAUGAUAAAUAUUUGUUUGUUUGAAUUUCCAUUAUUAUAUGAAUUUGAUUUAUAAAAUAUCUAAUUAAAAUUUAAUUGAAAACUGAUUGGGUAUAGAAUCUAUACUCAAUAUGGUUUACCAUAUUGUUUCCUAAAUUGCGAUAUUAAUUUCCUAUUUUUUGACAAUUUAUUCCGAUGAUAGUUGUACGAAUUAUUCUGAUAAUAUUGAGUAAGUUAUUAGUGAAAUCUGUUUAAAUAUUUGUGUAAAAGUGGCAACAUUUUCAUAUUUAUAUAACUUAAUGGCGAAUCUGGUAACCCUUUAUUUGGCCAUGUGCAUUAGAAUGAACAUAUUUUUUUUACCAUUUUUGUAUUUUUGCUACUCUUUCUUUUAGUAAGGGCUUGGAAUUAUAAUCUUUAUUUUUUACCAAAUAAAGGGUUACUGUAGUGCUAAUAUAAGUCAUACAAAUGUAUGAUUUCUCCAGUAGAAACAAUAGUCUUCAAAUAAAAUGUUUGAGGGUUGUUUGUUGGCAACUAAAAUUAUUGAAAAGUGUACCUAUAUGCUUACUUCAAGCAAAGAUAAUUUGAAAUAGAGGUGUAUUGUCAAAGAAAACUUUGUAGCCACAUUUAGUAGCCUCGUAAUUUUACCGUUAUCUUUCGACACUCGACUUUUAGAACGCCAUUUGACUUUGAUCCUUUUUAUUUAACUGAUAUGUGUUAAAUUUGUUAAAUAUCAAAAGGUGGCGCCAUCUUACCGGGCCCAACCUAAAGGUUAUGGCGCCAUCGCUCGCAACAAUGUAGCCAUACCUUUGGUCUUUGAUCUAUUAGAUGGCGCCUCUUUUUGAUAUUUAACAAAUUUAACACAUAUCAGUGAUAUAAUAAGGAUCAAAGUCAAAUGGCGUUCUAAAAGUUUUAAUCAUGUGUCGAAAGAUGGCAGUAAAUUUACUGUGGCUCCAAAGUUUUCUUUGACAAUCCACCUCUAUUUCAAAUUCUCUUUGCUUAUAUAAAGCUCGUAUUAUCGUAAGGCCCACCAUACAAUAUUCUCCUAUUAUUAAUUUAAACCUUGUAUAGUAAAUUGGAAUGUAUAGUAAAAUGGUUUGUUUGAGAAACCAUUGAAACAGAGUGUACACCGUAAUGCACAUCGGAUUUACGAGGUUAAGAUAGUAUCAACAUGUAAACUGAUAUGAUCAAUGAUUACUGAUCACACAUCAAUCGCUUAUACGUAAUACGUACUCCUUAUCGUUAUUUGAUUGACAUUCUAAGGACGCGCUUUACGGGCAAUACGAAUGGGGCCAGUACAGCGGUGCGCACACAAAUUCGAGCCAAUCGUGCAGUCUAACGCCACAACGCAAUUGGUUGAUGAGUUCGCAUCACGCGCGCGAUUGGACGCAACUAGUGGCGUUACUGCACGAUUGGCUCGAAUCUGUGAGUGUCACCCCUGAAUUGGCACCAUUCUUAGUGCCCGUAAGGCCCGUCCUUAGAUAUCAAUGCGUUAUUUACUUUUAGGACGCUAUUGACUCAGAUGGUCAGCAUGAAGAGGUGAGAUAGCUAACAAUAAUAUUAUUAGCUCAGCAUGAGCAAACCCAGCACAAUGACAUCAGACCAGAAUGCAAAUUAUUAUUGUUAGCAACUUUGUAUUUGUAAACUAGAAACUUAAAAAUACAAGAGUUUGGUGUAUUUCGCCAGCGGGUGUGGGGCAUGUGGUUAUUUGACAGAUGGCAACUUGGCAGCUGAAUUUGAAAUAGAGGUGGAUUAAUUGUUAAAGAAAAUUUUGUAGCUACAAUAAAUUUACGGCCAUCUUUCGAUACAUGAUUAAAACUUCUAGAACGCCAUUUCACUUAGAUCCUUAUUCUUGUGUUAAAUUAGUUAAAUAUCAAAAAGUGGCGCAAUCUAAAAAAUCAAAGGUUAAAGGUAUGACAUCGUAUCGCGCGACGGCGCCCCAACCUUUGCCGAUAUCCGGUAAGAUGGUGCCCGGUAAUGAAUUUAACACGUAUGAGUGAAAGAAUAAGGAUCAAAGUCAAAUGGCAUUAUAUAACUUUUGAUCAUGUAUCGAGAGAUGGUAGUAAAUUUACUGUGACUACAAAUUUUUCUUUGACAAUCCACCUCUAUUUCAAAUUGUCUUCGCUAGUAUGAAGAUGUCGUCUCAGAAAAGAUCAUAUUUUCACCACCACGCAUGCGUUGGCGUCGCUUGUAUUUCACCAACUUCGCAUAUAGCCAAUAGCGAUCGUUUAUUCAUUGACGUACAGCGUUCGAAGGGUUAAGAAAGUAUUGUAUUGUGUGCUUGCUUGUAAACAUAAUAGUUAUUGUGUAUGUGAGCACGUACUGCGGGCAUUUAUUUAAAUUAUUAAAAGGCUUCUAAAAUUAUCUCUUAAAUUCGCGUCGGGAUGCAUAUGUUAUUCGUCGAACGGGCCUUUGUACAUUUUGGGAAAAUAAAUUUUACGGAAAUAUAAAGACAUUUAUUUUAUUGUAUUAGAAAAAGUAUUAGUGUUAGCCUUUUUUUAAGUAUGCCCCAUGUACGGAUUAGAUUUCAAAAUAUGUAGUUUAAUAAUUUUCAUCAUAAUGAUAGUAAUGUAGGUACCUAAUUCAUGUCUUAUUUCUAAAUAGCUGUAAGGAAAGGUGCAUAAGCUAUCAACUAGAAAUAAACAGAUUUCUAUUUAA